AUGAAACACUUGGCUGUCCAUAAGUACAAGGUAGGAGCCAUCGCAGCUGGCUUGGUUGUCUCCUAUAAAAUCUUUGCCUACCGCGCUGCGUCUUCCUCCUCCUCAAACGUCAUCAACUUGACCAAUAUGGCAAAAACUCCAAUCACUUUAAAACCCCCUCAGGCUCCACUCCGCUGGGACCAUACUCCAGAGCAGAUCCUUGCCGAAACUGAUAAGUAUAUAUCUACCAGUCAAGAGGUUGACGAUUGGGUGGCAAACAGCUUUGCCACUGCCAAUGUGGACACCAUCAAGAAAAUAGCCGCCGCUGAGAAUGAACAAUACUUGCCACUGUGUCAAUUGAGUUUUUAUCAACAUAUCUCGGAUAACCAGGACGUUCGUAAUGCCAGUACUGUUAGUGAGGAGAAAAUUGAUAAGUUCUCCAUCGAAUCCAACCUUAGAGAAGAUGUGUUCAAAACAGUGAACAAAGUGUUCAAACAGGUUCAAGAAGAUUCGGAACUCCAAAAGACCUUGGACCCAGAAUUUAGGCGUUUACUAGAAAAAUUGAACCUAGGUUACGUGAGAUCUGGUUUAGAUUUAUCCCAGGAGAAGAGAGACCAAGUCAAGAGUUUGAAACAAGAACUAUCAACCAUUUCAAUCAAGUUUAAUAAGAACUUGGGAGAGGAAACUGAACACAUUUGGUUCACCACUGAGGAGUUAAAAGGUGUUCCAGAAUCAGUUGUUGAGCAGUUUGAAACUAAGAAUGAGAAUGAUGUUACUUACCACAAGAUGACAUACAAGUAUCCUGACCUGUUCCCGGUACUAAAAUAUGCCGUUAAUCCAGCUACGAGACAAAGAGCUUUUGUCGGGGAUCAAAACAAGAUACCUGAAAAUUCAGGAUUACUUGUGAAAGCCGUCAAUUUGAGAAACGAACUUGCAAAAGUUUUGGGUUAUGAUACCUAUGCUGACUAUAUCCUGGAAGUGAAGAUGGCCAAGAACUCCAAGAAUGUUUUUGAAUUUCUUGAUGAUGUAAGGGAAAAACUCAGACCUCUCGGAGAGAAGGAACUGCAAAGAAUGUUGACUCUCAAGGCUAACGACCCAAAUGCUGUUGAUAAGGAAAAUUACUACGUCUGGGAUCAUCGUUACUAUGAUAACAAGCUUCUUGAAUCUGAAUACAAAGUGGAUGAGCAAAAGCUGGCUGAAUACUUUCCAAUGGAGUCCACCAUUGAAAAAAUGCUUGCCAUUUACGAGCACUUGUUCAAUUUGCAGUUUCAACAAGUUGACGAUUCGGAGAAACAAGUUUGGCAUCCAGAUGUAAAACAAUUCUCCGUUUGGAAAAUCGAUAACCCUGAUUCUCCUGAAUUUGUGGGCUGGAUCUAUUUUGAUUUGCAUCCAAGAGAAGGAAAAUACGGUCACGCUGCUAAUUUUGGAAUCGGUCCUAGUUACAUCAAAGAAGAUGGGAGUAAAAAUUAUCCUGUCACUGCUUUGGUUUGCAACUUUUCUAAACCAUCAAAGGAUAAGCCAUCCCUAUUGAAGCACAAUGAAGUCACUACAUUCUUCCAUGAGCUAGGACAUGGUAUCCAUGAUUUAAUUGGGCAAACUAGGUAUGCUCGUUUCCAUGGUACUUCAGUUGCUCGUGAUUUCGUUGAAUGUCCUUCACAGAUUCUAGAGUACUGGACCUGGACUAGAGAUCAACUCAAGUCUCUUUCCCAACAUUACAAGACAGGAGAAGCCCUCUCCGAUGAACUCAUUGAUUCGCUAGUCAAGUCCAAGCAUGUCAAUGGCGCCAUUUUCAAUCUUAGGCAGUUACACUUUGGUCUCUUUGACAUGAAACUACAUACUGCCAAAGAGCCUGAAUCUUUAGAUGUGACAAGGUUGUGGAACGAAUUACGUGAGGAAGUCGCUCUGGUUAAGAAUGGUGACCAAAUUACGAAAGGAUACGGUUCAUUUGGACACCUAAUGGGCGGUUAUGCUGCUGGUUACUACGGAUACCUGUAUUCUCAAGUGUUUGCCAGUGACAUUUAUUACACCUUUUUCAAAGCUGAUCCAAUGAGUACAGCUCAAGGUAUCAAGUACCGUGAUAUCAUUCUUGCCAGAGGUGGAUCAAGAGAGGAGCUAGAUAAUCUCAAGGAAUUACUUGGAAGAGAGCCUACAUCUGAUGCCUUUAUGACUGAGCUUGGAGUAGAAAAUGGUGCGUCCAAGUUGUAA